AAGGACUGAGUGGUCGCUGACCUUUGUGGCCCGUCGCCUUCACCUAUGGCCUUACCGGGCGAUGUCCAGGGAGAAGGUGAACCGGCGUGCGGCUCCUCAGUACUACUGAGGGGCCGCCUACACUGACGUCAAACAUACAGUAUUAUAUACAGACAAUAGCACCUGACACAAACAUACAAGCAAACCUGAAGUCCGAAGCCACGUCGGCUUGCUUACCUCGCGAGUACUAAUUUUCUACCUCACGCACGCUGCACGGCCCCAGCCUUGAGACACCUCGCAACAUAAUCUAAUGGACGCGCUCCUGCGGGUCGCAGAGCUAGCUUCUGCGGGAGCGUUGCCCGACGAAGCGGGCGCGAACACCAAACUUUCACACAGCGGGCACAGAAACCUGCAGAUUUAUGGCCCCGUGCAAAAUCAUGCUGACACAAACGUCUUCAACUCCGGCUUUGCCUCCAGCUCUGGGCGGGAACUGGCCGGGCUCGGCCCUUCCGCUUCCUUCGCGCUCUUCCCGAAUCCAAAUUCAAGCCCCCGAGCUCUUUUAUUGAGCUCCAAUGGCAGCCACAUCGAUUCCAUAUCCCUAUCACCAAGAAGUCGAGCUUUAAAACGGCAAGCAGAACCUUCGACGACCGCGGAGCUGGCCAUCGUGCGAACUCAACCGGGACAACCGGCCAAGGCCAAUCGCUUGGUCGCUGGCACCAGUGGUGCCUCUGGUGAGCUGAUAAUUACAGAGUGGAAUUACGCCGGCCUUCGCGCGGCACCAACGACCUCGGGCAUCCAGCCAUCCAUGCCGCCGUCAACCACACUCGCGGGCUCCUGCGACUCCAUGGACGUGAGGGGAGUGUCCAUCAAGGCCAUCGCUUCAUCGGCUAUGCGUCCAGCUACGAGCGCGUCAAGCUGGCGGACGGACGGUCAGACGGAAGCGGACAUCACCAGUCGCCUCCAAGCCCCAGUAGCGGCCUACAGCGGUGCGGUUCGCGGGCCCUACGGUGCCCCGCGCUGCGACAUCCCGAGGCCCCCCGCCAAGCGGCCAUCGGAGGCUGGCCUCAGCUGCGGUGCCCAGGAUGUCAACUUUCCAGCCCGGCGCGCUGCGUCCGGCGGAGGCGGCUUCCCGGCUGCUGCGGCCUCCGCCAGCCCUGCCCCUUCGCAUUCCGCUGGAGGCUACCAGCACGCUCACCCACACGGCCAAGCCCAGCACAGCUACUUGGAGGGACCGGCGGCGUCGCAACCGCACUGCUCUGAGGCCUGCGCCCUCCGGCCCCCCCGCCGCACCGUGUGGGCGGUUCGCUCCGCCGGUGGCGCCUGUCCGCCUCUCCAGCCCGCCAGCGCGGGCGGCUCUCCCCGCUCCAUGCCGCCCAGACGCUUGGGCCCGGCGGUGACAGUGGCUGCUGCGGCCGCGGCCGCGCAUUACCGCCGUCAGGCCUCCUGCCCGCCGCUCGCGCCCGCUCUGUUCCCGCAGUACGACCCGCCGCACGCGCGGGCAAGGCUGUGCGGCGGCGAACGCGGCAGCGCUGCUGCAGGCAUGCCGGCGCCCACCGCCUUCAUGCACUACAAUGGCCCGGUGUUGAAUCUGUGGUCUGCCGGCGGCGCGCAAGGGCCUGCGCCACAUUUCUUGAGUGAGCCGCACACCUCCACCUCGUCCACAAGCACCUUUGUCGCGCCGCCCCACCCGACGCAUGCGUACCACCUCCCCAUCAACAAUGUACCGGCCCCGUCUCUGGUGUCGGCCGGUCACAGCCACAGCCACGUCGGCGCCAUGGACUGCGGCCCCAGCGGCAUGUGCGCCUGCUACGACUGCCUGGCCCAGCACCGCCAGCUGCUGCUGGCCGCCGCCGCGCCGCCGUUGCAGAGGCCUGCCUCCUCUAGCGGCUUCAGGCGUGGCGGCGCUGCAUCCAGUGGCGUCACAGCGCCCAGCAGCGGCUGGGGCGCCGCGCUGGCUCCGCCGCCGCAGCACAUUCACGCCGGCACUGCGCCUGGUCCGUGCGCCUGUGCUGAAUGCAUGUCGGUCGCCGCCGCCGGCCUGCCGGCACCGCUGCUUAGCGCGGGCUCUACCGCGGCCGCAGCUGUGGCCGCGACGCCCUUCCUCACUGCAGCCGCCGCCGGCCCGAUGUCUGCAUCCUCUUCUGACACCGAGAUGGCAUCAUCCGACGGCGACACCAGCGCUCCUGCCGAAGACGUUCAGUACCAGGCCGCUUAUGACGCCGCCUACGCCGCCGCAUACCGCGCCGCAUACCGCGCCGUACGCUCCGCUUACAUCAGCAGUGGCGGCGGCGGCGCGCCGCCGCCGCAGGCUGCGGCGGCGGCUGCAGAGCCUGCGGCGGCGGUGCGAGGCGUGAGUAUGUACCGCGCCACGCGCUCGGACUACGUGCCCGGCACUCCCUCACAGCGGUGCUAGACUGCUAGUUGUGUGGUGGGGUGCCGAGGCUGCCUCUUGGUCUUGCGGAGCCCUGCGCAAUCCGCGCAGCGUUUCUUUGCAUGUAUGCACAAGGGGCAUUAGUUAUGGGCUGCGAGGCAGCGGGAGCAUGUGAUUUACUUCAGCACAUAAGCAUUUGUGAGUGCGUGCUUUUGAUGCAAGGUUUCGUAUAUACAUUAUAUGUGGGAGAGGGAUUGCUUGGGUAUGAAUGUCUCUCGUGAGCGUGCGUGCGCUUGAAGCGCACGUGGCCCCAAGCGGAGCCUUGAUGGCUACACAGAACCCAACUGGAUGGCUGCGUGCUGAGUGUUAUAUUGCGGUCUAUACAUACGGUAAUAGCAAUACAGGAGCGAAUCAUGCAGCACAGCUGGCAACUCAAGAACACAAUACAUGUGACCCUUGACAUUCAUUUGCAUGCAAGGCUUGCGUGCCAUGCGUGCUUGCCAUUGCAGCUACAGGCUACGACCGCGGUCCUCUGACACCAAGCCGCACGUGUGUGCAUGCGUCUUGUUGUUGACGGGGAGUUAGGGAGGUAUGUAGCGGCGUCAAGGCGUCGCCAUCAAGGCGUCGUCCAGCCGCAGGGUGUGUGCGCGUGGGCAUGGC